UAUCUGUGAAUGUGCUUAUCUUAUCUGGGUUUAUGGUGGGAGAGGACUGAGUUGCCUUUGCUAUACUGACGCAUUACAUCAACAGUUGGCUCAGUUGAGCUUUGUCCAGGAAGAGAGUAGACUAGCUGUAAUAAGGAAGCAUAUUGAGCUUGUGUUAAAUGUAUCAUACAGACAGAAAAAAAGAAACAAUCUUUUUGUCAUGAAGGAUGGCUGAGGCAGAAGUCUUUGAAACUGAGGAGGAAGGCGUUGUUACGCUCGCAGAAAAGCACCUGCCAGCUACAGAAGAGACUUAUGUCAGAGUUUUAUACACAACGAAGGGAGCAGAGAAGCAUGAUGAUGUGAGCGACUCAGUCAUACAGCCUCUUCUUCACCGGAAACGUCAGGGCAGCCGCGAUGAGAACACGCAAACAGCAACAGAUGGGGCUGACCGAAAGACAUCUGUUCCACAACAGCUGGAAUUGGCUGGCAGGGAUCAGCCCGGCUGCAGUGGAAGUGUCAGGAGUUUGUGCAGCGACAGCAGUCAGCACGAGUGCCCCAUCUGCAGCGAGCUGUUCAACUCACACGGAGAUCACCGCAUCACCUUACUCAACUGCAACCACACUCUGUGCCACCACUGUACAGCUGGCAUUAUGAGGCAGGCCAAGGACCCGAGCCGACUGCAGUGCCCUUUCUGUCGACAGACCACCCCGUUCCCGCAGUGGGAGAUCAGAAGACUGCAGGAGGAGUCGUACAGUAACAGCGUUUAUGAGCCCGGGCCGGCCCUCGUCAUCAGUCCUGGCCCUGAACUUCAGGUCCCAGCAUCGCCUCUAUGCUGCUUCGCUCUGUUGAGGCAGCUGGAAGCGCACAGACACAGAAACAUAUGUGGAUGCUGCAUCCACCCUUCCUGCCUUGUCAGAGGACUGAGACUGAUGCGACUACACUCCCUCUGUUUCUCCAUCACUGCCCUCCUGCUGCUCGUCCUAGCGCUGCUGGGUUGCUUCCUGUACAUUGUUGUUCCGGUUAUAAUGCUGUCCAUACUUUUCAGUACUGGUUAAGCUUAUAUAUACACUCAUUUAAGUGAUUUCAGUUGUCUGACUUCUGCAAAAUGGUUCAUGAUUUAACUGCCUGUUAACUAUUUUUUUUUCCAUGGAAUAAGACUAAGGAAUAAGGAAUAAGACCCUUUAUUUGAAGUUAUUCUGCAAUGUCAAAUGUCAUUUAUACUUCCAUUGUUAUUAUUAUUAACCUAAUUUAUUAUCUUUCAUUUCACAUAACCUGAUUAUUCCAGACUCACCUUUGGACUCAGUAAGGCCUGUAUAGCAGUGUUUUACUGCAGAUAUUAUUAUUGGAAAAAGUCCUGACUCCUAAACAGGAUAAUUUGCACAUGAAGAAUUAGUUAAAAUAAUUAAAGCUAGUUAAUUAAAAUAUCUGAAACUCUGA